CUCCGACAUUGAGAUUGAACCAGAGAGACGGAGAGAUUUAAAAAUAAAGCGAGCAAUAACGAUCGCGUUUAAACUAGCUUAUAUUAACCUCAACGAACCAAUAUGUUUUUUAUCGAAACGACAAUACACGGUGACACGUUAGAAGAAAUAAUAAUAGAAAGCGCGAAAGGAGGAAGAUAUUAGAAAAGUGGUUGGCGAUCGAUGCGCCACAUCCUACAGACUCGAAUCGGUACGAGUAAUCAUCCAAUGGUUGCUUGUUUCGCUUUCCUCGAUAAUCGACCUGUUGGUCUGCCCGGGAAGGAACACACGCCUCUACAUCAUCGUCAAAUGGACACAAAUGACUAGCUUAACUCUAUCUGCGAGCACGUUCGAGAUGCCCCGGUCUAGACCAAAACUGUUUGUACCCGCGAACGCGAUCUCGACCCAGACGUAUAACACUCCGCCGAACGAGAACAAUCAUCUACCACCCCUUAAGGGUAGCACGUUGGCUCUGAAGCAGUCUGCCAGUGAGUCGUCGCCUAGUUACUUGACCCGCUCCAGUCACAUGGCCGGUACUCAUCUGCCGAGCUUGAGUUCCAGCGCCAACAACAGCCUGCUCAGCCUGACCGGCAACUCCGAUAGCUUGAACCUGAGUCUGAGCUCGCGCACGAGUCACAACUCGAGCCACAACUCGAGCCACAAUUCGAGCCACAAUUCGAGUCACAAUUCGAGUCACAAUAAUUCCAGUCAUAAUUUCAGUCACACUACCGCUCAUAAUUCCCAGCACACGCAGUCGAACAGUCAGUCGAGCACGACCGCGUUGGUGGUGAAAAAUGGAUGCCCGAACGGAAGUUCCUGCGGCAAGGGUAUCCGCAAGCCGAAGACGAUCACCGCCACCCCUGACGUCGUGCUAAAGAUCUACGUGGACAAGCUGACCCCGUACGAGCACCACGAGAUCUUUAAUUAUCGGCAUAUAUACUUUAUCGGGGCGAACGCGAGGAAGAGGCCGGGAAUAAUCGGCCGGCCUCAUAAUAGCGGCUACGACAACGAACAUGGUUCCUACAUGCACGUGACGCACGAUCACGUGGCCUACAGGUACGAGGUGUUGAAGGUGAUCGGUAAGGGAUCGUUCGGGCAGGUGGUGAAGGCGUACGAUCACAAGAAGCAGGAGCACGUCGCCCUGAAAAUGGUGAGGAACGAGAAGAGGUUCCAUCGCCAGGCUCAGGAGGAAGUGAAGAUUUUGAGGAAGCUGCGCGAUCAGGAUGAGAACGACACGAUGAAUAUCAUUCACAUGUUCGACUCGUUCACGUUCCGUCAUCACAUGUGCAUCACUUUCGAAUUACUCAGUAUUAAUUUAUACGAGCUGAUCAAGAAGAACAAGUUCCAGGGUUUCAGUAUGCAGAUCGUGAAGAAGUUCGCGUACUCGCUGCUACAGUGUCUCGAUGCUCUCUACAAGAACAGGAUCAUUCAUUGCGACAUGAAGCCGGAGAAUAUACUUUUGAAGCAGCAGGGACGCAGUGGUAUCAAGGUGAUAGACUUUGGUUCGAGCUGCUACGAUGACCAACGUAUCUACACGUACAUUCAGAGUCGCUUCUAUCGCGCGCCGGAGGUGAUCCUAGGCGCAAAGUACGGCAUGCCGAUCGACAUGUGGAGCCUCGGUUGCAUCCUGGUGGAGUUGGUUACCGGUUUUCCUCUGCUGCCAGGCGAAGACGAGGCGGACCAGCUGGCCUGUAUCAUCGAGUUGCUAGGCAUGCCGCCGCCUCAGCUGCUAGAAUCCGCGAAACGGCGUAGGCAGUUCAUCAACUCGAAGGGUUAUCCACGCUACUGCACCGUUAUAACGAUGUCCGACGGCUCGAUCGUAUUGAACGGCGGUAUCUCCAGGAAAGGCAAAGACCGUGGUCCACCGGGUUCCAAGGAUCUCCGGAAGAUGCUGAAAAAUUGCGGCGACCCGUACUUCCUGGAUUUCAUUCAUCGUUGCUUGAAGUGGGACCCGCAACAGCGGAUGACACCCGGUGACGCUCUGCCGGCGUUGCAGGCUGCCCCAGCGUCGCCUACGUCCGCUUCCGGUCUCCGUACUUCCGCGUCCGGCAGCAAAAGUUCGACAAAGUCGAACACCCUGCAGAGCAACAAUACGGAGAAUACGAACAAGGUGAAGCAGCUGAACGACAUCUUCCACACUAUGUCUACCAUUUACUCGGCGCUGCAGCGUAACGACGGUGAAAGAGGAAGAGGAAGAGGCCAACCGGUUGCUACGAAUCAUCAGCCGAUCAUCAACAUUCGUCGGUCGAUGCACUGUAUCAGUGAUGACUCUAGUAGUGGUGGUGGUGGUGACGGUAGUAGCAGUAGUACCAGUGGUGUUCUGCAGCAACAACAGCAACAGGCGCAGCCACCGCAACCUCAGCAGUAUCAACAGCAUCAGCAGCAACAACCGCAAGCACAACCACAGCCACAAGCACAACCGCAGCCGCAGCCGCAGCUGCAACCACAACCACAGUUGCCGUCGCAGCUACAGCCACAACCACAGCAGCAACAGCAGCAGCAGCAACAGCAACCACAGCCUCAGCCACAGUCACAAUCGCAGUCGCAGGCACAGGCACAGCAGCAACAACAGCAGCAGCAGCAACAACAGCAGCAGCAACACGGUCAUCAGCUGCAAAAGAAGCAGCAGCAGCACAGUAAUGGUUCGCAUGGCUCGCACGGUUCUCAUCGGUCUCGAGGAUGGCGAGGAGUCGAACCUUCCGACUUUCUCGAAUCUCACGGAUGGCUACUCACGUUUCUCGAGUGACUCGAGAGGGAGGACUCUGAUUAGCAAGGACAUUCUCGCGGAACCGAGACGAUUUAUCGAAAUACGAGAUGACCCCUGUCUUUUCUAACACGCGCACCGCACUCGAUGUUGCCGAUGUGAUCUCGUAUCUCGUUGACUCGUCGGAUAAUCGGCUAUCUCGACGGUUAUCUGUCGACGCGCGUCUCGCUGAUACCCGUCAUCGUCGUCCAACGACGCCGAGAUAUUAUGGUGUUCCUGCCUGUGGUAAUAUGGUCGCUCGACGAGAGGAGAUCCCUCAGAGUCAAAAGAGAGAGAACGCGGCCUCGUCUUCGACCUCCGGAUACUACUGUGAUCUACGCGAUAUGUUACUUCAAAAAAAAAAAAAAAAAAAAAACGAACAAAAAAGGAAAAAAAAAAAAGGAAAGAAGGAAAGGAGAAAGCAAAGAGAACCGCCGUAGGUGCGAUGGAACUGGAAAAUCGUUCGCGAUACCUCGAAUCAUGUACCUCACCUAGCUCGUCGUCGUAGCUCCUCGUUGCCUCGCGUUGCUUCGCGUUGCUCUCUAAUUUGCUUGUCCAGGAUCCAUUUCUCGCCGCCGUUUGCUCGAGAAGAGGGGGCGUGUACGAUCCGGUCGCUUAAUCGAGGACGAUUGCUUUCGGUGUUCACUUUUGUGGUCGACCACUCGAUUCGAUUCGCAAAGAUGCCUCCCGUUGUACACCCGUUGUACCCACGUCGACGCGUUACGUGCUACGUAUUCGUUUGUUCGUUUGUUCGUAUCUCUGCGUGACGUUUGCGUCCUAUUAUCGCGAAACGAGAGGAGGGAUCCUGCGGGUAGAGGGGACGACCACGAGGUUAUUGUGCCAAGGGAAGCAGGAGAGCCAAAGAUUUGCGCCACGUCGAUGAAUCGAUUCUCCGGAGGUGAGAAAUAGUCGAGAGGUUUAUUCAGACCUGCUCCAUGGUGCAGGGUGGAUCGCGCGACGAAGCUCGUUCGUGGAUAUCUAGACAUUACCGAGGCGCCGCGAUACGACGAGCCCCUUUCACGUUCGCCAGGAAUCUAAUAAGCAAAGGGCGUGUGCCUGAAUAGAGUCAUCCGAGAAGCUUUUUAGGUCAGAAGAUUCCUCCGUAAUACUAUCAAUAUCGGGCAGAAGGAAAGGUUGGUUUUCCAUCGGGCUGGCAAGUGUAAUUGUUGAUUAAAGGAGGUCAAGCUUGCCUUUCGGAUCGAGCCAAGCGUCGAUCAACCGAGACGACGUCUUGAGGAACGAGUGCUCUUCGAGAAGAGCACGAACAAACGACGUCGAUAUCGAAUUCGUACAAUUGAUAAGAUAGAAAGUGACCGUGAACGUCGGCAUGCGCGUUCGUCCCUUUUUCUCAAAAUUCUUUUUUAUCCUUUUUUAUUCUUUUUUAUUCUCUCCCUUUUUAUUUUUAUCUCUCGUUUAAGUCGAAUAUUUUAGCCGCGUAAAAUUAUUCCGAGCAAAGAUUCGCAUGCCUCUCGCCAUUUUCGUCCCGAAAAUGAAGUAAAUAGCUAGUUUACGAAAAACGGAUCGAGUUUUGUCAGAUUGGAAUGCACAGUGCCACGCGUAUUGACUAUUUAUGGCAGCCAAUGUCUUCUUACACGAGGUAGCCAAGAUCCCCUGCGCCUCUGAACUUUCUCAUUCUUCGUCGCUGAUCAACAUGCUAGGUAGACGAAUUUUUCCCUCAUCCUCGUUAGGACCAGUUCCUCAUCGACACUGCCCUGCAUUUCGCGUUACGUGUUCAUCGUUCUCGUCGUUCAUCAGCAUUUACAACUCGGCCAGCUGGAAUCGGUCGGGUGACACGUAAUCGUAGUCCAGAACGACGAGAGUCGUUCUCUUCUUGCAUUUCGUAGCAUUGAUCUCUACGACGGCAUUUAUCGAACCGCUUCAUCGACCUACGAGGGUGCAACCCACUCGCGAGCUUCGAAUUCGCCUCUGUACUCGAGCAGAAGCUCGUUGCGAUGGAUCUCACUGUCGUGGAUCCGAUAUCGUAGCGAUGGAUCACGCGGUCCUGUCUUGGAUCUCGUCUGGGACGAGCGAAUGGAAGACGUCGACGUGCGCGAAUCUGCGCUAAUCUGCGCUAAUCUGCGCGAAUCUGCGCGAAUCCCUCGGAGGAGGACCCUGCGCUUGUAAUCUGGCCGCGACCCUGGCACAAAGCGAAUUCAUGCUAAUUUUAGUUUUAGUCGGAACGGGUUGUAGGGGCGCGACGAAGUCGGGAAACGUGACGAAAGGAAGAGACCGCGUGCGAGAGAGGUGGACGAUCGACGAUCAAAGGGAACCAAGGAGAGAACGGUGGCGUUUGGUACACGAGGAUAUGAUGUAUCGGUGAUAAGAGAGGAGGAAGAGAGCCAUACGGGUUUAGCGAUGAUGGAAGAGAGACAAGUUGGCCACGAAAAGUGACGAGCUAAAGAGGUACGCGAAACGUGCAAAGGCUCAUCCAUCCGCUGGUCGAGAAACGUGGAGGAAACACAAGCAUCCGCCGAUCGAUCUUUCGUGGUCGCGUCGGAUUUAGUUUCACCUGGAUUUUUCGCGUUACGUUAGCAACGUCCGCGCACGUCCGUGAUCCAAGAUCGAUCGUUAAUACCACUGCCAAUACCUUCCUGUAUAAGUUCGGGCUUUCGUUUUCUCGUAGAUACACACAGGCGAUCGCAUGUAUUAUUUACGAUCCUAGUCUACCCCGGCGAAAUUUCAAUAGCGUCCUCAAGGACGACGUCGUCGUUGCGUUCGCGCGAGAAAUAUUAUAAUAACGCGUUGAACGUGCUCGAGAACGUGCGUGUCGUUGUUUCUAAGCGAACAGCACUUCGCACUGGCUCCUAGAAGAACGAAAGAUGAACAAAAAGACAGUCAGACGCAGGCGAAACGUUUUACAAUUUUACUCGAGUUUUGUUCUCCUUUUUCCUUUCUUUUUUUUUUUUCAUAAUAUUAACAGAUAUAGAUCGCUCGAGUGUUUACGUUCGACGUAAUUUAAUCGAUCACUCACUGUGCUUUACUGUGAUCAAAACGUCCGCGUUCGUUGUCGGUGCAAACUUCGGCUCAAAAUAAUCAUUUGUCGACUGAUCUCGAAGAAGAUUGCGCAGAAAUUCGUUCAGGAUUAACGUCUCUUUCUUUUUCUUACUUUUUAUUUUCUCCUGGAAGAAAGAGAGAGAAAGUGAGAGAGAGAGGUACAUACCUAUAUAUGUAGUAGAUGUACACGAUAAGCGAUUACCUCUCUCUCGGCAAUUUUUUCCCUGCCUGUGUUUACCCUUCGUCUUUCCUAUCCUUUUAUUUCCUUUCUUUUAACCUCUUGAUCGCUUUUUACCACUCAUGCAACGCGUCCCGACGCCAAUGGGUUUUCAAGCGAUAGCUUUAGGCUUAGUACGCAAGACCGGGAUAUAAGCGCGGAC